AUGGGAGCUCAGGGAAAGCUCGUACACUGGAUCCUGUGGAUCACCGGCUUUGUGUUCUUGUUUUUCUUCGGAUUUGUCAUUGGCUGGUUAGUGAAACCCGUCAAUGUGCAGCAUGAAAAGCCCCCACACAGCUACCUACAGGAGUUCAUGAGUGAAAUCCAUGCAGAAAACAUUAAACAGCAUCUCAGGAAGUUUACUCGUCUGCCCCAUUUGGCGGGGACGGAGCAGAACCUGCGUCUGGCUGAGCAGAUUAGGGAGGAGUGGUUAGCAUUCGGACUGGACUCAGCUGAGCUCGUGUGGUAUGAUGUUCUGCUGUCAUAUCCAAACAAGACCAGGCCAAACUACGUCUCUAUAGUGGAUCAGCAUGGGGCCGAGAUCUUGAAUUCGUCUCUGGCUGAACCAGUACCGGAGGGUUAUGAGGAUGUGACCGACAUCGUUCCCCCUUACAACGCUUUCUCUGCACAGGGACAACCAGAGGGCGAGUUGGUUUACGUGAACUAUGGCAGGACUGAGGAUUUCUUCAAACUGCAGAGAGAGAUGGACAUCAACUGCACGGGCAAAAUCGUCAUUGCUCGAUACGGAAAAAUCUUUAGAGGGAAUAAGGUAAAAAAUGCAAUGUUAGCCGGAGCUAAAGGCGUGGUGUUGUACUCCGACCCGGCAGAUUACUCUGCUGAUGGUGUAAAGCCGUACCCCGAGGGAUGGAACCUGCCUGGAAAGGGUGUUCAGAGGGGCAAUGUCCUGAAUCUGAACGGAGCCGGAGACCCCUUAACCCCCGGGUACCCUGCUAAAGAGUACACAUACAGAUCCAGUCCAGACGAAGGGGUGGGGCUUCCCAAAAUUCCUGUGCAUCCUAUUGGCUAUGAAGAUGCUUUUCAUUUGCUAAAGAAUAUGGGCGGGGCUGCUCCGCUUCCUGAUUGGAAAGGUGCUCUGAAUGUAUCGUACCGUAUCGGACCGGGAUUCAUCGAUGACUUCGUACAAACUAAAGUGCGCAUGAACAUUCACAGCAACAAUCAGGUGACUCGAAUAUACAACGUGAUUGGUCGAAUCCGAGGAGCUCAGGAGCCAGAUCGGUACGUGAUUUUGGGGGGUCAUCGUGACGCCUGGGUUUUUGGAGGAAUCGAUCCUGUUAGCGGAGCUGCAACAACACACGAAGCCGUCCGAGCUGCUGGAAAACUCAAGCAGAGAGGUUGGAGGCCUAGACGCACCAUGAUCUUUGCUAGUUGGGAUGCAGAGGAGUUUGGUCUGCUGGGAUCCACAGAGUGGGCUGAGGACAAUGCUAAAAUACUACAGGAUAGAGCAGUGGCUUACAUCAAUGCAGACUCCUCGAUUGAGGGUAUGUACACGUUGAGGGUGGACUGCACUCCCUCUCUACACACACUGGCGUAUGAGGUUACCAAACAGUUAAUGAGUCCAGAGGAAGGAGAAGAAAAAAUAAGUCUGUAUGAAAGCUGGCACAAACGAGACAACUGGACCGAUUAUCAGGAUGCACCUCGGAUCAGUAAGCUCGGCUCGGGCAGUGAUUUCGAAGCCUACUUCAUCAGACUGGGAAUUGCAUCCGGACGAGCGAGAUACACCAAGAACAGAAAAACAGAGCGCUACAGCAGUUACCCCGUCUACCACAGCGUAUACGAGACGUUUGAGGUGGUCGAACGUUUUUACGACCCGACCUUCCACCGCAUGGAGUCGGUGGCUCGUGUAAGAGGGGGCAUGGUCUUCCAGUUAGCCGACGCCCAGAUCCUGCCUCUGGAUUGUAACGAGUAUGCUCGGUGUCUCACUCAGUACGCACAUACCAUCCAUAAACUCGCCCUGAAACACCCACAGGAGCUGCAGGACUACGAUGUGUCAUUCGACGCGCUGUUCUCUGCAGUGAAUAAUUUCACACACGCAGCACAGGGGUUCCAUCAACGUCUCGACACACUCGAUACAACAGAUGCUCUGGCGGUGAGGAUGGUGAACGAUCAGCUGAUGUACCUGGAGCGGGCAUUUAUUGAUCCUCUUGGCCUGCCUGGCCGACCCUUUUACAGACACAUUGUUUUCGCUCCAAGCAGUCACAACAAAUACGCCGGCGAGUCGUUUCCCGGCAUUUACGACGCACUAUUCGACAUCGGGAAUGCUCCGGAACCCGAGCAAGCUUGGACUGAAGUAAAGCGACAGAUCAGCAUCGCCUCGUUUACGGUCAACGCUGCUGCUGAUACACUCCACCCGGUCGCAUAAAAGAGACACUGACCUCUGACCUCAUCACAAGCACGGACUACAGUCGAUGAACAUCACAUGAACUGUGGAAGGAAUCAUGAAGGGCACAAAUUUCACCCCUCAGUAGAGCCACCACCCCAGUAUCACACACCCCAGUAUCACUCCCAGAGUUAAGUUUGUACAAUGUGUUUUUUUUAUUCAUUCAAAAUGCAUAACCAUUAUUAAUUCACUUUAUAGAAA